AUGGAUUUCAAGAACUUUGAUAAUGAAUGCCGUUUCGAAUGGUUUAAAUUCUUCAUGCUGGCGCUACUUGAAGAGCCCGCUGUUCUUUUACAUCUCUUUGAAUAUUUGUUGGAAUAA